UAUAUCUUACGAUAAGAUCCGAAAAUGAAUCAACAACCAGACCUAGGUGAUGAGCAAAUCAACGAGUACAAGGAGGCCUUCGCUCUCUUCGAUAAAAGCGGUUCGGGCAUGAUUAGUACACGGGAGCUGGGCAAUCUGAUGCGCUCACUGGGCCAGAGUCCCACCGAAGCGGAGCUCAGGGAUCUGGUCAAUGAGGUUGAUACCGUUGGUAAUGGAGAGAUUGAUUUUGCCGCGUUUUGCACACUGAUGAGCAAACAAUCGCACGAGAAUGAUUCCGACGAGGAGUUACGCGAGGCUUUUAAGAUCUUUGACAAGGACGAGGAUGGUUUCAUAUCACCGGCCGAGCUGCGCUUUGUCAUGAUCAAUCUGGGUGAGAAGCUGACCGACGAGGAGAUCGAUGAUAUGAUACGUGAGGCAGACUUUGACGGUGAUGGCAAAAUCAACUAUGAAGAAUUUGUUUAUAUGAUUACACAAAAGUAACAUGUUUCAUUAUUAAUAUUUUUCCAAUUCUCAAUUACACACUAGUUCAAAUUAAAGCUGUAACCAACUGAAAA